AUGGCGGCUAUUCUACAGGGCCAUCAAGUACACCCAGAAGGCCGCACAUGGAAGACACAUUUCCCGAAAGGUGACUUAUGGGUGUUUGGAUAUGGCACGGAUCACCGAGGAACUCCCGAGCAACCAGGCCGAGUCGUCACCGUGAUCGAGCGCAGCUUUUGGGAAACAUUAGAUGACCCGCUCGCACGCGUGGAGAACCAGUCCUCCGCAGAUAAAGUUUGGGGCGUAGCAUACCACAUCCCAGCCUCCCAUGCCGAGGAAGUCCACGACUAUCUUGACGAGCGGGAGAUAGACGGCUACAGCGCUCACUAUACCCCAUUCCAUCCCACGUCCGUAGACGAGAGCCAAGUCCCUGGCACAGCAGGAUAUGGAACACCGAUCAUCUGCAUGGUUUAUAUCGGGCAGCCGACGAAUCCCCAGUUCCUCCGCGAUCCUGCUGAACGUGAACCGCAGAAUGUAGCACAGGUUAUCAGUGCUGGGCAGGGACAGAGCGGGAAGAACGCCGAGUACCUGUUUCUUCUUGAGAAGGCUUUGGAGAGCAUUGGACUUGGAAGCGCAGAUUUACAUGUCACAGAUUUGGUACGGAGGGUGAAGGCAAUCGAGGCCGAUGAGCAGGUAGAGGCGGAUGAACGAGAAGCUGAGAAGGAUGUAAACAGAUAUCUGGAUCCUAGCGAAGGUAGCUAG